AUGUCUGAGCAUUGUGUUAUUCAAACAUGUAAACGUGUAUCGCGGGUUUUAUGUCAUUGUUGUAAUCAACAUUUUUGUCGAGAACAUUUUAUUGAACAUGAUGAUUUAAUUAACUUUCAAACAAAUCCGUUAUUCGAUGAAAUUAAUAGAUUAGAUGAAAGACUUAGAAGAUUAGAUAUCGAUCGAAUUGUUGGUAAUGUUCGUGAAAAACUUGAUCAAUGGCGUAUUGAGUGUCAUGAAAAAAUUGAUCGUUUUUAUAAACAAAAAUGUCAAGAACUUGAUCAAUAUGUUGAAGAAAAACUUGAUAAACAACGAAAAGAAAUUAAUAAAUUACGUUCUGACAUAAUUGAAUUAAAUGAUAAACAAAAUAUCAAUUUAUUAACAUCAACUCUACAUACAUUGAAACAAAAUAUGGAUGAGAUUGAACAAAAUCAUGUUCAAGUUAAUAUUCGAUCUUUAUUAAUCGAUAAUGAUAUCAUAUCAAUUGAUAAUAGAAAUAAACAUCAAUUUAAUCUAUUAGCUCUAACAUCUCCUUAUCAAACGCUCAAACGUUCUGGAAUAAGUACAAAUACAUUGACUAGCAAUGAUCGGUUUUUGUUAGUGCAUAUUGAUUCAAAUUUAUGUUUGAUUAAUAAAGAAUUAUCAAUAGUUAAAAGAAAAGAAUGGAUUUAUGAUAGAAUCGAAGAUAUGUGUUGGUCAUCAACAUUAUAUUGCUUUGUUAUAAUAACUUUAAACAGUAUUUUUCUCUUCAAUGAAAAUACAAUGCAGAUUGAAUCUGUAGAAAAUCUAUCGACGCAUCAUUGGUGGUCUUGUGCAUGUUCUAAUAAAUCCUUAUAUCUUUCGAAACAUGCAUUUGAUUCAACAAUAUUUCAAUACAGCUUAAUACCCUCGAUUCAAUUCGUAAAACAAUGGCACACUGUUGAUACAUCAAAACAAAAGCAACGAAUUGAUACCAUUAUAUACAAUAAUAAGACUCUUUGUUUGAUGAUCAAUGAUCAAACAGAUCAACUAAAAUUUAUUGAAUUAAGAUCAUCAGAUACUUUCAACAUACUUUGGUCACUUCGACUUGAUCUAAAUUAUAACAACAAUGCAAUUGGUGGUUGUCUAUUUACUCAUGAUGAAUGGUUAGUUGUUGAUUGGGAUACAUCAUGUAUUUUUCACAUUGUAAACGAUGGAAUACUCAAAGAAAAUGCUAUCUACGACUUUGUACCUUACAAUGUAAAUUUAUUUAAUUCAAAUAUAUUAGUUGUAUUGACGAAAGGAGGCAUUCAUUUUUAUAAAGUUUAA